CUACAGUUGAUAAAGUGUUCUUUAUUAACACUUUUGAAUCUGAUAUUUCGGGAGGAGAUGGAUGUAUUAUGGAUGGACACGUGUCAACUUGAUUUGGCGAAACUAAUCAACUAACAGAGUCUUUGUUAAGAAACCUACACGUAACCUCUAAUCAACCUGUGCGGAAAGGGUAUUAUGACUGUGUAGCAAGUUUAUAAUAUUCCAAAUAACGUUAAUAAUCCAUAUUAUAAUAUAGAUCAAUAUUUUUUAAUUGUGUGGGCGCGUCGUUAUAACCAUUUAAAGUAUUAUUAGCUUUAGCUACUAAAAAAUAUCGUUAUCAAUUUAUACUUUUGACUCCAAUUAUAUUAAUUUACGGUUCUAAUGAACUCUCUAUUUUAAAUAUUGUUGAUGAAUGAUUAAGACUAAAAUAUGACAAAUCCUAGAGAAAAAUUUAAUCCUGAGAAAAAACCUCUUGAAGAGUUGAGUAUCUUAGUAAGUGAAGAUGGAAUCCAGAAGAAGAUUCCUGCAUUGAGUUCUCACUUUGCUGGUGACAGACCAAUGGUUUCAUUUUUUGUACCACCGGCUAUGAAUGAAAAUGGUUCGUUUCCAAUCGGAGCCAAGGGAGAAUGGUUUCAUAAGAUGGAAAUAUUUACAGCUAAUCUGCAAUGGUUAUUAGCAUUACCCCAUCAUAGGUUUUGGUCACAAAUUGUUUAUGGAAAAAAGACAUGGGAUUCAAUUAUUUCGUUCCUUCAAGAAGCUUACCCGUUCUUUGCCACUCACAAUCUACCCGAUGAUCCUGAAAUCGUGCAGAGGUACAAUGAAAUAUCUCACCUAGUAUUCUGUGUUAUAUGCCGUGCCACCACUCAGAUAGAAUCUGAGGAUGCAUGGAUUGGUAAGGCAAAAUUUAGCGAUUUGCUGUACAAUAACACUAUUAUAUCUCUGCCCAUAUUAUUUGAUAUCUGUGUCGUGUUUGGUAACCACAAUAAGGACGAAGUGAACCACAUUAUAACUAAUAUUUUUUCCUUCCAGCCGUUGUAUAAGGAUGACCUUGAUAGUUCCGUUCAGCAUUUGAAAAAUGUUUUAAGUUCCAUAGAGGAAAGGUUUUCCAUGAGUGUUGUCAAAGUUGAUGUUACGCUUAAUACCAACAAAAAAAUGACUAUUUCAGAAUUGUAUGAUAUAACAUUUUAUGUCUUAGACAUAGCAGCAACUUUGUUUAGUUUUAUUGAUGCUUACCCUGAAGGAGCAAUGAUUUUGCAUUUACAUCGUUUUGAAGUAUCGUUGGCUCAGUUUUAUGAAAAAGUUUUCUCCACGGUUAUUAAAUUUAUGCAAGAGUUGUUCGGAGAAAAAAGUGGACCUUAUGAAUCCCUUCUGUUCACCGUAAAUCAAGCCAGAAUUUACUUCAUAAAGUUAUUUUAUCUUGUGAUCGAAUCAUCCUUGAAUGUUAUUAUUGAAAACAGAACUACAUUUCCAGAGGAACUAUUAAAAUAUAAUACAGAAAGCUUUUUAAAUGUCGUAAAGGAAAGUCUAGCUUCUAAAAUUUUUAUUGUUGAUUAUGAGAAAAUGUAUCCGCUGGAACAAGAUUUAAACAUUCUUUGUCAAGUUUCCCUGGAUUCUAACAAAGCAGAAUGCGAGUCUGUCAUAGAGUUGCUACGUGCUAAUUCUGUAUGUGCUAAUAAAACACGACCUGAAAUUGUUAUUGAUCGGAAGCGUGAAAAGAGUCCUUCUCUUGAGGAAAAUAAAAUUGAAACAGUUGUCACUAACGGAAUUAAUUUGUCCGAUGUUGAAAAAGAUUCAUUGAUAACAGAAGUAAAAGAUAUUUUGCCACAUCUGGGUGAAGGAUUCAUCAUGAAAUGCCUAGAACAUUACAAGUUCAAAUCUUCAGAUGUCAUCAACGGCGUCUUGGAAAAUUCACUUCCUCCAAGCCUUCAACAACUUGAUCACACACUUCCCAUAAUUCCUCCUGAGCCUGGUACUUCAGGGAAACCAGAUGUUAUCGCUCAUAGAGUAAAUAUUUUCGACAAUGAUGAGUUCGACGUUAUGAGUAGAGAUUAUAUAGAUACAUCGAGAAUUCAUAAAGGAAAAAGGAAAGAUGCCAAAGACGUUCAAGAAAUUUUGGAUGAUAAAUCUUUCCGUGAAGAACUGCGCAAUAAGUUUUCUGAACUUGGCAUAGUUGAAACAUUUGAUAAUGUGUAUGAGGAUGAAUAUGAUGAUACAUAUGACGAUAUCGUUGAUCCCAUAGAACAGGAGGGUGAAGAUGAAAGAAAAUUUGUCACACCCAGAGUCUUACAGCAACUUGAGAGAUAUACCAAAGGAAACCAAAAUGAAGAAGAAUCUGGAGAAGAGGAAGCGGAACAAGAAUUUGGAAACCCUAGAGACAGGAAAUUCAUACCGUUUGUUGAAAAUCCUGAAGACAUCCGUAGGCGUAGGGAAGCCAGGUACGGCAGGGGUGGAUUCAAUCAACAAAGGAAUGUUGUGGGUAAGUUGAUGUUGAUAAGUAGGUACCAAAUGUUGUGGCUAAGUUGAUGUUGAUAAGUAGGUACCAAAUGUUGUGGCUAAGUUGAUGUUGAUAAGUAGGUACCAAAUGUUGUGGCUAAGUUGAUAAGCCCUUCCUUCUUUUUGCCACUACAACUCAGUGGUGAGUGAGGGUAAGUAAAUAAGUAUAUUUUGAUUUUUCUUGCAGUAAAAAACAGAUAAACAUGCUGAAUGAAUCCCAAAACAUACAGAAUCAUACUAUAAAAAAUCAACAUGUGUAAAAUUAUGUUUAAUAUUUUUUGUUUAAUUUAAAAUAUCAAUGCAUGAAACGCUUGCCCACUCUUGUAUUAAAGUUAAUGCUUCUCAAUUGAAGUCAGGUUAUAAUUGGAAGAAGUCCAACCACACAGUGUUAUGUCUCCAAAAUGUAGGCAAAGAAUAAACAACGUAUCAACGUUUCACCAAUUGAGGCAUCCUCAUGACAGAAUAAAAAAGCAAAUUGAACAUCACUCCAUCACACCCAAUCGCAUACUUAAUUGCAUUUGUUUACGCAUAACAAGAGAAAUAACCUAAUUCUAAUUCAUCAAUAAAUGGCAUUUAAUCUAAAUCUUGAAAUAAGAGCAAUAUAUAAAGUUAUCGUAUAAUUAACAUAACUUGCAUUCAUGUGAACAUGAACAGAUGAUAACCUGAAGGUGCAACAGUCAACAGGGGUACAACCCAGUACAAUAGGGGUGUAUGUAGGAUUGUGAAAAAUGCCCCUACCAAACGAGUUCAAAAAUGCCUUAGUGCAGUUUGGCUGUGUGCGGGCGGGCGUUAUCUUGCAAAUAACAAUUUCCAUUCCUCUCCGUUUGUUUUAAAUUGCUCUCACUGGGUCUCAAACUUUUGCAAAAAAAAAUUCCCACAGUGCGAAAGUUUCACAGUACUCUUAUUUUCUGGACAUGCCUCAUAAAUCAUAUUUAUUUACUAUGUUCGUGAUAAUAAGGUUUGAUUUCAGGUCAGCCUAAAGGUCAAGGGCAGGACGCCGAUGUAUUAAAAAAUCGUCACAAGAAAAGCGUUCACAAAUCAUCGCAAGGAAAUCACAACAGGAAAAAAGGAGCUCAGUUCAAACGAUCACAAGGUUUCAUACCUUCGUAGCGUUUGCAUGUGCAACAUGCCUCAGUGAGUUUUGUUUAAAUGUCGAAUAGUCUCUAUUUAUAAAGAGCCCAUUACCAUGUUACACUUUGAUAUAAUUAUUAUUAAAAAUGUGAAAUUUUAUAAAAUCUUAAUGUACAUUGGAGCAUAUUUUAUUUUUAUUAGUCAGAGUUUGACAUUAUUUAAGUUUAUUUAUUUUUUUCAUUUUAAGGUUAGGCUGUAAGAAGAUAGCUUCUCAAGCUAUAAGUUCUUUUUCUGUAUUUAAACUGACUGUUAAUAAUUAUAUAUGAAGGCUGUGAUUUUAUAAAAUGUUCCUUGGAGUUAUUUGAUAAAGUUAUAUUUUGUUAAAAUGGAGUAAUGAUUGUUUGACCGAAUGAAAGAAUUUAUUGUUACAUUUCCUCAUAAGUAUUCCCCUUUGCUAUCGUUGUACCUUGUACCUAACAUGUGAUCUUUAAUAUCAUUAUUUUUUUUUAUUGUGGAAUAAAACACCACUUAAAAAUGAGUUUUAUAUUCAUAUUUUUUUUGUAUUUAUAAUCUUUCUUGUUUGGUUUAGUGGAACAACUUUGAUUUUCAAAAUUUUGAAAAUUGAAAUUCACUUAAAUGAUUUUUUAUAUUCUUUCUAAUGACUCCUUUAUGUACUGUUAAAAAAUAAAAAAUAAAACAAUUUAUUUAUUGUGCUUUUGUUUUUUAAAUUAAUAAUUACUAUACUUGAGCCAAUUAAUUUCAAAACUGAAUCAAUUAAUUUUAAACAAUUUAACAGAUGACACCAUAAAUUUAUAAAUUUGGUCCAGAUUUAUAUGUAAAUGCGUAACUUUUUUCAAUUAUAUGACUAUAUCUCUAUGAAAAAAAGUUCUAAAUCUUUUAUGGAAAAAUUUUAUGUUCCAUAUAUUUUGGCAUAUUAGAAAAAAAAAAUUAAUUUUGUGCAUAUUUAGGCUCCAAAGGGUUUGUAUUACGCAUAUUUAGGUUAAUUGAAUUUAUUUCAGGCAUAGAAAAUUGUUCAAUUAAUAAAGUUAAUCGUGAAUUUGUAAUUUGUAAUUUAUGUUAUGCAGGUUCAUUUUAUGUUUAUAUUUUGUAAUCUCUCAAUUCAGGAUUUAAACCAAUACAUAUUUUUUUUUCGAAUUUAUAA